AUGAGUGAAGACCACCACGUCGUCUCGCAAGGCGACAAACCACCAGCAUCUCACGAUGUCUCCGAGCAACCAGAGAUAUCCCAAGACCAGACCGCCCCGGAGGACAUUGAAUCGGGCGAGCAAAGCGUAACCAACAUCGAACGCAUCUACAGAAAACUGGACCGGCGCAUCAUCUCCGCAUUCUGGGUCCUCUACUUCCUCUGCUCAGCCAUCCGCUCAAAUGUAGGCCUAGCACAAACCAUGAACCAAGACGCUGGCCACGACCUAGCAGACGUCCUCCAUCUAACCCGCCACCAAAUCUCAACCGGCCUAGCCCUCUUCUACGUCUGUUACGUGAUCUUCGACCUCCCCUCAAACCUGAUAAUGACUCGACUCAGUCCACACGUCUGGAUGAGCCGGAUCGUCAUCAGCGUAGGUCUAAUUGGAUCUUGUCUAGCAGCCAUGAAAGCUGCCUGGAGCUUCUACCUCCUCCGUCUCCUCCUGGGAAUAGUAACAGCAGGAAUGUGGCCCGGAAUGACCUACUACCUAACCCUGUUCUACCCGCCCAGUCGAAUCGGCAAAAGAAUAGGCCAAUACUUCACAGCCUCCCAAGUUUCCGCAGCCGUCGUCGGCCUCGUGUCCGCCGGCUUCCAAAAGAUGGACGGCAUGCACGGCCUCGUCGGCUUCCAAUGGAUGUUCCUAGUCUACGGCGUGAUAACCGUAGCCCUAGGCUUCGCCCUCCUCUGGUGGCUCCCAGACCGGCCAACCCCACCAGGCGAAACCCUACCCCCGCGACCCGGCGUCUUGCGCUGGAUCCCGCGCAGUCCGCCUGCGCUUAGUGGGCGUGAUGCGCGAGUUCAUUAUCAUGAUAUGAAGCGCGUUUAUCAUUCGCCCGCUUGGACCUUGAGGGAUCUUGGUAGGGUCUUUGCUGAUUGGAGGUUGUGGCCGUUGCUUGUUAUGUAUUUCGGGGUUGUGGGUGUAGGCAUUGGGGUGCAACUUUAUGCGAAUUUGAUUAUUCAGGCUAUUAAUCCGACAUUGAGUGGGGUUGAGUUGAGUCUUUUGACGGCACCUAUUUGGAUUAUGGACCUAAUCGCCAUCCUCCUCGUCACACCCCUCUCAGACCGCUUCCACCGACACCGAGCAAUCUUCUUCUCCCUCCCAGUCCUCCUUCAAAUUCUCGGCCUCCUCCUAACGAGCUACGCAGGGAGUGACGCAAACCCGUGGCCACGCUACGGAGGCCUCCUAAUCGUCGGCUUCGGGCUAGGCCCCACAGUGCCAAUAACAAUGACCUGGACGACAGAAAUCUUCCAACCACGGCACGGCGAGGUGGGCGUUGCGGCUGCGUCGGCUGUUGUAUCUGGAUUGGGUAAUCUGGGAUCCAUCCUGACUACGUAUGCGCUUUAUUCUGGGUGGAAGAGUGAUUAUGAGGCGCCAGGCCGGCAGAAGUAUCGCAAGAGUAAUCUUGUUAUGGUUGGGAUUUUGAUUGGGAGUAUUCUUUCUGCGGUGCUUAUGGAGGUUUUGUUGAGGUUUGUUGAUGGGCGGUAUAAAGAGAAUGCUGAGGUUGUUGAUGGGGCUGGGAGGAGGGAAGUUAGGCAGAGGGGGUUGCAGGGGUUGGGGAAGAGGUUUAAGAGGUUUGGGUUGAGGACCGGCGGUUCUGAGUAG